AUGAACUAUUCACAGUUCAAUGCAUUGACAUUUGGAACAAAUGCAAUAUCACAACCAACAAUCACAGAUAGAGAGAUAGAACCCAACCUCAAUGAUAUUGUAACUGGUUUCCUCCUUGCUGGUGUUGGACAAAAGGAUAAGAAGAAGAGCGAAAACUUUUUAGUUGUUGAUAAUAAGACUAGCAUUCAAAAGAUUGAACAAGCAUUCAAGACCUAUACCUCUAGACCAGAUAUUGCUAUUAUUUUAAUUUCACAAAAGAUUGCCGACGAAAUCAGACCAUUGAUCGACGGUUACAAUCAAGUUAUUCCAACCAUUUUAGAGAUUCCAUCAAAGGAUCAUCCAUAUGACCCAACCAAAGAUAGUGUUAUGAUGAAGGUCAAGAGAAUGACAGGUUCUGAAUAA